AUGAAAAGGUAUGGAGUCCACCACCGACUGUCUACACCCAACCACCCCCAGGCGAAUGGUCAAGCAGAGGUGUCGAACCGAGAGAUCAAGGCGAUCCUAGAGAGGACAGUCAACCCGACGAGGAAGGACUGGAGUCGCCGACUGGAGGACGCGCUCUGGGCAUACCGGACAGCCUUCAAAACUCCAAUUGGAAUGUCCCCCUACCGACUGGUGUUUGGAAAGAUGUGCCAUCUAUCGGUGGGAAUUGAGCAUCAAGCCUUCUGGGCUAUUAAGGAGAUGAACUUGAACGCCGAGGCUUGCACUGAAGAGAGGAGAUUACAGCUGCAAGAGCUAGAAGAACUUCACCUCGAUGAGUACGAUUCGGCCAUGUGGUACAAGGAGAGAACAAAAAUGUGGCACGACAAAAAUAUCUGA